GCGGGCACGGUGAAAGCACUCGAUGGCGCGGAAAAAGGUCACUUGUGGCAUCAGCCUCAGCCCUACCAAACGAGCACUAGCAUCUAGUGGUGUGGCCGGUUGGCAGCUGUGUAAUGCAAAAUGCAGUUCGAUACGUCAUGAAGGGCGCAGCACGGUUGGUGAAAAAAACACAAUGCUCCUGAUCUAAGGUCUAUGAUGCAUUUACCAGAAAAUGAUGCACGUGGUACUGUGGUAGAGAGAGGGGGAACACUAGAGUUGCGAGUUUGGGACUAAUCGACUCUGGAGUUGAGACAGAGCCCAGAGGAUGAGAGGAUGGUCUAGUCGAUCGGUGGAAGCAACCCGUAACUAUUUCCCUCGCUUCAAGCCUUCAAUAACCGACUCUCCUCCCAUUAACUGUUAAACCCCGUCUUUGGUCUUUCCAUGAAACCAUUCCGAACUAAUUUCUUGCACUCCCUCAGUUAUGUUAGAGCUUCUCUUACGGGUCAGUUGAUAGUCACUGUCAGAAAGUAUGUGGUAGACGCCCAUAUGAUUAAGACCGGCUUCAAUCCUAGCAUUUGCCGCUCUAAUUACCUCAUGGAAGAUUGUCUCAAAAGAGGUCAUCUUCUAAAGGCGCGCCAAUUGUUUGAUCAGAUGCCUCAAAGAAAUGUAAUCUCAACGAAUACAUUGAUCUCAGGUUACGUAAAAUCGGGCAAUCUUUCAGUGGCAAGAGAGCUUUUUGAUUCUAUGGUGGACCGAAAUAUGGUUACUUGGACAAUUUUGAUUGGCGGAUAUUCACAGUGUAAUCAAAUUCAAGAAGCUUUUAAACUUUUCUCAGAAAUGCAGAGGUCUGGGAUACACCCAGAUCAUGUUACCUUCACUAGUCUCUUAUCAGCAUGCAUUGGCCCUGAGACAACAUACCAAAUAGUUCAAGUUCACGCUUAUGUAUUUAAAUUGGGCUAUGACUCCAAUCUUCUUGUCUGCAACACUAUGAUCAAUUCUUAUUGCAAAUCCAAUUGCAUUGAUUUAGCUUGUGAGCUCUUCAAUGCGAUGUCUGAAAGAGACUGUGUCACAUUUAAUGCAAUGAUUACCGGGUACUCAAAAGAUGGGCUAAACGAACAAGCAAUGGAUCUAUUCUUAAAAAUGCAUAGUUCAGGGUUGAAGCCCUCUGACUUCACCUUUGCAGCAAUUCUAUCUGCUAGUAUUGGAUUAGGCGACUUGGCUCUUGGCCAACAGGUUCAUGCUUUGGUUUUUAAGACCAAAUUUAUUUAUAAUGUGUUUGUAGGCAAUGCAUUGCUAGAUUUUUACUCAAAACAUAACUGUGUGGUUGAUGCCAAGAAACUAUUUGAUGAAAUGCCAGAAUUAGAUGGUAUUUCUUAUAAUGUGAUAAUUACAGCCUAUGCAUGGAAUGGGCAACUUAAAAAAUCCCUGGAUAUGUUUCGGGAAUUGCAGUCAACUGGAUUCAACCGAAAACAGUUUCCUUUUGCUACUGUAUUAAGCAUUGCUGCAACUCUACAGGAUCUGGAAAUGGGACGGCAAAUCCAUGCUCAAACAAUUGUAACAUCUGCAGUUGAAUCUGAAAUUCUGGUCAGGAAUUCUCUAAUUGAUAUGUAUGCCAAAUGUGGUAGCUUUGAGGAAGCAGAGUUGAUUUUUGCAAAUCUAGCCCCAAAGAACACUGUUUCAUGGACAGCCAUGCUCUCGGCUUAUGUUCAGAAAGGACUUUAUGAGGAAUCGCUCAAACUGUUUCCCAUGAUGCUUAGAGCCAAUAUUACUGCCGACCAAGCAACUUUUGCUAUCACCUUAAAAGCUGCUGCUAACUUGGCUUCACUUGGACUAGGGAAGCAGUUGCAUUCAUAUAUAAUCAAAUUUGGAUUCAUAUCAAAUGUUUUUGCUGGAAGUGCACUUCUAGAUAUGUAUGCGAAAUGCGGAUGCAUAAAAGAUGCAAGUGAAAUCUUUGACGAGAUGCCAGAUCGCAAUCUGGUCUCUUGGAAUGCCAUGAUCUCAGCUUAUGCUCAGAAUGGCAAUAGUGAGGCCCCAAUUAGGUUAUUCAAUGAGAUGGUCCAAUCAGGUCUUCAACCUGAUUCUGUAAGCUUCCUUAGUGUCCUAGCUGCAUGCAGCCACCGUGGGCUUGUUGAAGAAGGAUUGCAUUACUUUGAUUCCAUGACUCAAAUUUAUAAACUCGACCCUAAAAGAGAACAUUAUGCUUGUAUUCUUGACAUCCUGGGUCGAAAUGGCAAGUUUGAUGAACUGGAGAAAUUGAUGGCACAAAUGCCUUUUGAGCUUGAUGAGAUUACCUUGUCAUCAAUUCUGAAUUCAUGCAGGAUCCAUGGAAAUCUAGAACUAGCACAGAAAGUAGCUAAUCAGCUGUUUAAUAUGGAGCUCAGGGAUGCAGCUCCUUAUGUUGUUAUGUCAAAUAUUUAUGCAGCAGCUGGUCAGUGGGAUGAUGUUGGGAAAGUGAAGAAGUCAAUGAAGGACCGAAGGGUUAAGAAAGUUCCAGCUUAUAGUUGGGUUGAGAUCAAACAGAAGAUUCACAUGUUCUCAUCAAAUGACAGGACCCACCCACAAAUGGAUGUGAUCAGGAGAAAACUUGAAAUGUUGUUUGAGCUGAUGGAAAAGGAAGGGUACAGAGCAGAUAUAAGCUGUGCUCUUCACAAUGUUAAAGAUGAGCUCAAAGUUGAGUCUCUUAUGUAUCACAGUGAGCGCUUGGCCAUUGCCUUUGCCUUGAUCAAUACACCAGAAGGAUCACCAAUACGAGUGAUGAAGAAUUUGCGAGCUUGUGCAGACUGUCAUGCCGCAAUCAAGGUGAUUUCAAAAAUUGUAGGGAGGGAGAUUAUAGUUAGAGAUUCAAGCAGGUUCCAUCAUUUCAGAGAUGGUCUCUGCUCCUGUGGAGAUUACUGGUAAGUUUGCUGACAAAAAAGAAAGGGAAUUUGUAUGGCUUUCUUUCUCUGUCAACAGAUGACAGGCAAGGGACCUCAGGCAUAUCAAGACUUGCUUUAGAAACAGCCUCUUGAAAAAUCUACUGCCUGAUGAAAUCUGUUCUUCUCUAUAUCAAAGACAAAUAUUUAUUGGGAGGCAGUGCGGCUGGAUGUUAUGAGAGGGUUCAAUGACUUUCAUGGUAAUGCCUCACUUGAAAGAAGCCUCAACACAACUUUUAUUUCUUUAAUUCCAAAAGUUGAAGGUGCAGUAGAUAUCAAAGACUUUAGGACAACAAGUCUUCUGAAUUGUUUGUACAAAAUUUUGGCCAAGGUAUUAGCUUAAAGGCUCAAGAAGGUGCUGGGAAGUGUUAUCUUUGAUCAGCGGUCUUCGUCCCUGGGAGAUAUUGGACAGUGUUCUAGUGACAAAUGAGUUAAUUGACUCAAGGAAGAGGAAGAAACAGAAGGUAUUCUUUGUAUAAUUGACCUCGAAAAGGUGUAUGGUCAUGUCAAUUGGAGAUGCCUAGACGUUGUUGUUGUGUUAGAGAAGAUGAACUUUGGGAAAAAAUUGAGAAAUUGGGUAAAACUUUGUGUCUCCUCUCCAUAGUUCUUUGUUCUCAUUAAUGGGCAGUUCACUGGUUUCUGCAAGUGUUCAAGGGGCAUACACCAAGGUGACCCCCUCUCCCUUCUUCUGUUUAUCUGUUUGAUGGAGGUGCUUAUCCAAUUUAUAAAGAGAAUUGGAGCUGGUGGCCAAUGGGAAGGUUUUGAAAUUCCCCUAGAUGGUGAGGUGUGCCAAUCUUACAGUUUUCUGAUGACACAUUGUUUUUCUUGGAUGGUUCUGCUCAGUUGGAAUCUCUUUUGGGGUUGUACACAUAUUGCCAAAUCAUAACCGAACCAUUUACCAAUUUCUUUUCCUAUUUUGAUUAGUAGUGUUUCUUGCAGGAUCUUUUGUCCAGAUUUAUUUCCUACCUUUGCUCAAUUUUCCUCUGGUUCAAGCACUACCAGGUUUCUGGUGGGAGGUGUAAACAAAUAUAGAGGCAAGUUCAUUUUUUGUGGUAGUGCUCAACAUAUUUCUGGUGGGAAGGGUGAACAAACAUAAACCCAAGUCCAAUUUUUUGAGGUAUUGCUCAGCAGGUAAGGACUAAAAUUCAUGUUUUACUUGAUUGAUUUUCUUUCAGAUUUUGCUACAUUUACUGCAAGUGCCCGAGUGUCCUUGCUCAAAUCUAUUUGGGAUACACUCAUAUUGUAAAUUAAGUAUUACAAUGUUGAAUGCUUCUGGGUUAUAUUUCUAGUGUAUGAUUGCGAUCAUUUUAUCAAUAUAAUUUUAUGGAUUUCCAUUGGA